CUUGUUCAUCAUAAUUUCACACCUCUUAUUCACCCACACAUCAACAGCAACCGAGCACGCCAUGCAAGUGUUAUUGCAAGAGGCACCAGCCUAGAUACUAUCAUUGUAUGGCAACGUCACACGUCAGCAACAGUGAUAUGGGUGAAGAGAACAGGGGAACAUGAGAACAUGAGAACAAACAACCCACCCUCAUACCCUGUCAGCCUACUGUCAUUACUGAUUGGUGGACAUUACACGCACACACAUAGACACACACACACACACAUAGACACACCCACACACCAGAAUUCGGCGCACCACUUCAACGCCUCGUAUCACGCCACACAGCAUUCAUCACAUCACUGUGAUCACCAACUCAUGCGAUGGCGUUGCCCGUGUGGCCAUGUACACGCGCUCACACACGAACAGACCUACAUGUGAGGCAACUGAUUGCAUGUCUUCCAGACAAGCAGUUCGAGAUGAGAACAGAGGCAGAAAGGCGCAACAACACACUGUGCACGGACACACCGGUGAUCACCUGCUCGUCGACGAUCUUCUUCAUCGCGAUGGCCUGCUGCGUCGACGUUCCUCAUUCUCUAUCACUCUUUGCCAUCCUCCUGUCUACAACAGCGAUCAAGCCCGCUGCAACAGCACUGAUCAAUACCUGUAGCACCACGAGCACGACCGCCACAGCCACUCAAUUGCAAACAAAACCACCCAACACCGAGAUCCGCUCUGCACCCUCGCACAGAGCACAAUGAGCUCAAGCGCAGCAAGGGAUGGCGCAGACAGCGUUGAUGGCAGCAGUGGUGAUGUGCCACACUCAGGUGUUUUGGCACUCAGCGGUGACCCAGGCAACGAGGACGUCAGCAAGGACGCGUGGGGCGAGUACAUUGAGACUGUUGACAUGAGCGAAGUACAUCUUUGCCUCACAAGCUCAGACGAGGUCAAUGGAUACGUCGAGGUGCUGGAAGAAGAAGACCAGUUGGUUGUGGCUGAACUCUUCCCGCACACGCAUCUUGGUUGCGAAGGCAACGGUGACAACGACCGCGAAGAUGAAGACACGCCGAGCAAACAACGGCACCAGCGGUCCCCAUCACCACCUCCUGCAUACGCACCAGCUUGUGCAUGCAUCGAGCCACAGCACAACCCCGCCGCUGGCGCAUGUACGGACCUUGAAGCUGGGGAUCCAACAUACACGUCGUUUCCAACUGGAUUUGCCAGGACACAGCUCCCCGAUGACACCAGGCUGCCGGCGGGGAAGGGCGUUGCUGGCUGGGUCGCAUGA